UAUCAUGCCAAGAUCCAAAAUCCAUUAUUGUUUUAAUAUUAUUAAUUAUUAAUUUAUUAUUUAUACAAUAUAUUAUACCUAUUAUUAUAGAUGCAAAUAUUAUGACUUUUAAUGAUUUUGAUGUAUCUACUGAUCUCCUAUUCUGUUUCCUCAAUUUCUUGGUCCAACACUGCCCAGUCCUCGGGUUAUUCUGAUAUAUUAUACGUUCUAAAUUAUAUUUAUAAACUAUUUCUAUGCCGUGAUAUCACUGACAAAACUAAACGAGUACUAUUAAUUCGUAACUACAGUUGAAAGAUUUAUGAGAUCUAAUAUUUAUUUUCUAUUCUUCUAUCUUUAAUCGUACUAGCGUAUUGGUUAUACUUUCGAGUCGUCAAUCGAGGUGAUAUCGUUCUAUCGUACUUCCAACGAUUUAAACGGUGUUGUUCAUGUUUUAGUGCUUUGUGUGCGGUUAUUGUUUCGGUGUCUGGUGUGAAAUACUAAAAAUUUGUUAAAAUUGGGCGUCUUAUGGUCGAUACAAUUUGAUGUUUUUAUCUGUUAAGAGGCGUGUUAUAAUUUGAACAACAAAUUGUCUGAGAAGUUCAACAGUCAUGGAUAAUCAAAACAAUAAAAUUAAUUCCCUUCAAAUAUCAAAAACUGAAUUUGAUACAAUUAAAUCAAAAGCUGUUGUCAAAUAUUCUUCCGUUCUACGACCACCUAAUUUUGCUCAUCUCCAAUGUAAUACUGAUCUAAAUUUACCACCAUCAAAUUGGUUGAGCAGUGCGGCAGAAUCAUAUGGCUUAAAACACAUGUUAUCUCAUUCAGAUGGAUUUUCUAGUUUUCAAAUGGCUCACAUGUUUCCAGACUGCAUUGGUGAAGUUGAUGUUGUGUCAGAUGCUGAAAAUAUCAAACGACUAUUAAAAAUACCCUACAGUAACAAAUCUGUAAGCAUGAUGGUCCAUAGGAUUGAAAAUACAUUACUUUUAGAUGAAUUUGAUGUUCACAAACAUUUGAUGGUGCAAACAGUAGAUGACUGGGAAUGGCUGAGAAAAUUUUUCUAUGGUCAUAUUUUAGAAUCAUUUGAUAGAAAAGAGAAAUGUAUUACUCAUAAAGUGAAUACUUUUGAUGUAAUACAACAAAGAAGUUUGAUUUCAAAGUUCUUACAUUAUAGCAUUGCUGAAUCAUCAAAUUCCAACAAUGACUACCAAUUACCAAAUAAAAUGUUACCUAGUCCACCUUCUUUAUCAGCUCCUCCUUUACCAGAACCUACACCAGAAGAAGAAUUCCCUGAUGAUCCUAAAACUCAUCGAGUAUUCAACCAAAAUGUUUUAUGGAAUUUUGAAGACCUGCGAAUGUUACUUGGCACCGACUUGCCAAUUUUUGGUGGUGGCACUUAUCCUUGCAUUAGUCUGAGAUUGAGAGAUAUGUCAAAACCCAUUAGCGUGUUAACAGGAAUUGAUUAUUGGUUAGAUAAUUUGAUGUGCAAUGUUCCUGAAGUUGUAAUGUGUUAUCAUUUAAAUGGUAUUGUUCAAAAGUAUGAGUUAGUAAAAACCGAAGACUUGCCAUAUUUAAAUGACUCAAAAUUUUCACCUAAAGUCAUUAGAGAUGUUGCACAAAAUAUAUUAUCAUUUUUGAAGUCAAAUGCCACUAAAGCUGGACAUACAUACUGGUUAUUCAAAGGAAAAAAUGACGAUGUAGUAAAACUUUAUGAUUUAACAUCAUUAUGUUCAGAAUCACUAGUCGAAGGUCGAUGUGAAGGUCAAAAUCCAUUCACUGUUCCUGUCGCUAUGUUGUUAUAUCGUGUUGCUCGAAAUUUAAAACACAACCCAGAUGUUGGAAUACCAUCUAGCCCAAUUACUAUCCAAAUGUUACUUAACAAUUGUUUGAAAUUAUUAAACAAAACAAAGUACCCUCAAAUUGUUACAUCUGUAAACUAUAUGUUAUCUGAUCUUUAUAUCCCAGUUAAUACCAAUCCCACAUCGCCUAAACUAGACGAUUUAACUAAUAUUGGUGAAGAUUCUCUCACAUCUCAUAUUGAUUCUGAUGAUGAUUCAUCAUUUGGUUCUGAUGACGACUCACCUACUUUUUCUGUUGGCGUACAUGAUUUAUGUUUGUCACACAAGAAAAAAAAUAAAUCUAAAAAACAUAAGUUUCCUCGAUCAGAACCUGUAGUAAAGACAUUAGAAGAACGUUGUCAAAAAGCAUUGUAUCAUGUUGGUUGUGGUCUAAGUUGUUUACAGUAUUUUAAGAAUCUUAAUCCACAUUGUACGGAUGAAAAUAAUAUGAAACAAUUUGAAGAUGAACCUAAAAUGGCAGCAUCUUCUGAUGCAAUUCCUAUGCCAUAUUCUGUUUCUGAAACAGAUCAACAAAUGAAAGAUGAAAAAAUUGUCAACAAAGGCAUUAAAAAUAAAAAUCGCAAACGUAACAAAGCUAAUACAAUAAUCGAGAGUGAUAAUGAAACUAAAAAUGUUCCUAGCACAUUACUCUGUAAAUCUAUUGCUGAAACUAUGCCUACUUGGCAUAAUCCACCCGAUGCUAAGGACAGUGAUUCAUGGAAACAACAUUUACGGGUGUUACUCUAUGAAAAAGCAUGUUUAUCUUAUGCUACAUUAGCUGAACAUGAGUUUACAUGUAACAAGUAUGGAGUAGCAUUGAAACACUUUCGAUCUGUAUUUGAAUGCCGGCUAUGUAUUAUUAAUACAAAUAUCAACGACCUAUUUGGAUUUUUAUUAGGACGUUGUGGUGAUUGCUGUUUGUUGAUUGCUCAAAACUGGGAUAAAGCCCAACAAUACACAGAUGAGUUUAAAACUGAUUCAAAUUAUGAUAUUGAAAUAAGAGAAGCACUGCAAAGCGAAUGUGACAAUUGUACACAAGAAGAUUUUAAUUUAAUACCAACAUUGUUUGAGUCAAAGGAAAGUAUGUUGAAUGCAGCAGCUAAUUGUUAUGGACGUUCUUUGGAGUUAGAAACAAAUGAAAAAAACAAAAAUAAUCUAAACAGAAGAAUUGGUAAUGUUUACAAUGAAAUCACAUCAGGAUACAUAGACGAAAUUGCAACUGCUUUAAGAGAUAAAAUUGAGCUAACUCCUACAAGAUUACAAUGGCUGCUAAAACAAUCCAAACAUUAUUUGUCCAAGGGAAUAGAUAAAUUCGAAAGCACCGAAGAUCUAAUUAAUCUCGCAUUAUUGUAUUCAAACAUGGGCCGAUUGUAUAGACAUGUAUCAUACUAUUCAUCACAAUACAUGGUUUCCUUAGGAGAAUUUUUAAAAGAUGAAGAUUUUACCAACAAGGCUGUAGAAAGUUACACGAAAGGUUUGGCAGUGUUGGGCAAUCGUCGUUUCAACCCACAACUCUGGGACAUGGUUUGUUGGGACUUAUCAACAACCAUUUACAAUAUGGCUAUACAAUCUCAAGAUGAUCCAUCUAUAUUCAGUGAUAGAGCUGAAGCUGAGAAAGAAGUUAUCAGUUUACUUUUGAAAGCUUUAAAAUAUUGUGAUUUAGAAAAUGAUUCAUCUAGAAAAUUGUUAUACGAAUUUCGAGCAGCAUAUAUUCAUGACCGUCUGGCUUCUUUAUAUCACCAUCGUUUAAGAUGUUUGGAAGUAGACAUUCCAAAGUUUAAAAGUACCCUUCAUCAGUGUACAUCUCAUUAUAACCGUGCAUAUGAAAUGUUUUUUAAAAUGGAUCGUCCAUUGGAGUGUCUUGAAAUACUCAUCAAAAGCAUUGCUUUAGACGAGCUUCAAAUUGACAGUUCCACAAAUUCUCAAUCGAAAGUGAAAUUUAUCAUGUCCAUAACACAAACUUUGGGAAAAUGUAUUUCUAUAUUAAAAAUGUUAGGAGAAAAUAGUAUUGACGAGUGCAAAGAAAAAUAUUCAGAUGAUCAUAAUGAUAGUCUUGAAAAAACAGACCGGAUUUGUGAAGAUGACCAAGAUAGUGAAAAGAAAAAAAAGAAGUUGUUAAAACUAUUAGAAGAAAGAUUACAACAUAUAUUAAAGUCCAUGAUUAAGUUGGCUAUGGCAAAAACAUCAAAGUUGGCCAAUAAAACUAAUGAGUUAAAAGUUAUCUACGGUGAAUUGCUACGAAAAAGUUCUGACGCUGAUGAUUUUUCACAUUUACUCAGAGUCGUUACACAGAUAUCAGAAUUAAGCUUCUAAGUUUAAUAAUUAAAUGAGAUGGUAAAAAAAAAUAUCAUAAUAUUUGUGAUAUUAGUGUUAAUUAUUAUAUUUUUUGUUGUACAUUACUUGCUUUAUUUUUAUAGUCAGCAAUACUUUUAAUUGUUGGAUACUAGUAACUAUUUUUUAUAUGUCUAUUACUUGUUGUUUUUUUUUCAAUACGACAAUAUAGCCAAAAUAGACUUUAAAACCCCGAAAUAAAUAAUUGUACAGUGUAAACAUUCUGUAAAGUGAUUGAAAACCAAUUUUUGUAAGUGUAUCAGCACAUUUUUAUUGACGUCAAUGAGUUUUAAAUUAAAGUAUACACCAACAAUAUAUUUUAUCUUAUCUUCAUUUUUAGAUUGAUGCAGAUAAUUCCAAUUUUUUUUUUUACAUCCAUGUAAUGUAUGUGAUUAAAUUGUUCAAAAAAAAAAAAAA